CACCAGGUGGCGAUGACACACAGCUUUGCGGACUGCCCAAACAUAAAAGAAGACCGUGCUUCCGUGGUACCCAGCUUUUGUUUUUGUUUUGUUUUUUUAUAUCGUUUGUCAUUGCUCCGGUAAGCUAUGUCGGACCUUCUGCCGGGCUUGCGCAUGUGUAUUUAAACAUAGUGCAGUAGUAAACAGAUGGCCUUCGCUCUGCCGGUGUGGCUUGCGGUCCAGGAAGAACUCCUCAGACAUGGCGAGGCGGACUGUGGGACUCCGAGCUGUUUCGACGAUUUCGACGACGAUGCUUUGUUCCAGAUGUUCCACCUCACCCGACCCUGCAUCGCGUUCGUCACAGACGCUGUCCGCAUCCGCACGAGGGCGGUGGCCUCGGACAAGCCUGCGCUGUCCGUGGACGCGAUGGUCAUGGUGGCGCUGAACUAUUACGCGCAUGGCGUCUGCUCGGCCGCCGUCCUGCACAGACUCGGCCUGAGCCAGACCGACUCGGCCGCGCUCAUUAUCGGCACGGUCUCCGACGUCAUCGCGGGGACGUCCGAUCAGUUCGUCUCAUUCCCACUGACCCGGGACGCCAAAGCCAACGUCGCCCUCAAGACAGAGAGCUUGUGUGGGAUCCCCAACGUGCUGGGCGUCCUGGCCCCGGCCCACUUCAAGAUCCGAGCUUCUCCGUAUGAGAAGAGCACGUUCAGGUCUUUUGUCAACACCUUGGGUUACACGUCGGUCGUCAGCCAGCUCAUAUGCGACUCCGACGGCAACAUACUGAGUGUGGAGAAAUGUUGCGUGGGCAGCACGUUUGAGCAGGAAAUGUGGGACUCGUCGUUCAGAGGGAGGGAGAUGGAGAAGGAGCUGCACGGACCGUAUUGGGUUAUUGGUGGGAAAGGCUAUCACUUAAGCAAACAUGUCUUGACUCCUGUGUCGGCACCGGCAAACGACAAUGAGACCCGCUUCAAUGAGGCCCACGCCAAGAUCCACAACGUCAUGCGGGCAACACUUGGCUCCAUGAAGAGGCGUUUCAGGUGUCUGAUGCAGCUUGGUUUUGCACAAGAAGCCUCCUUGAACAAAAAGUCUCACAUUAUCAAGGCAUGCAGUGUCCUGCACAACAUCGCUAAGAAGUUCUCCGUCCCCCCCCCACCUGUAGCUGGUAAAAUUGAGCCCCUGCAUCCGGGCAGGAAGCAUUCAGUGCCAGUAGAGAUCAACCCUGAGGCCCUGAAGGCCAGACAGAAACUCAUCGAUGGUAACUUCUCUCUCGUCUCCAGUAGCCAGGACCCCUCGGGUAACAACAUCACAGAGGAGAGUGUGUGAGCAGAGGGGUUGUGUUGUCCUCCCUAGGAAGC